AAUGGAAAGCUCAAUUUUGGGGAAAUUGCAAAGGGUGAAAGGGGGAGGAGAUCAGUUACAACACACUGUUGCAACACUCAGCAGGGUUGAAAGUGACAACAGCAAGGGUUUCUCUUUUUGGAAAUGUGAGGGUUUUUCCGCGUCUGACAGGGGGGACGGAAUGACAGCAGCACGGGCCGAAGCAGCCUGCCGCCCUUCUAGGAGAAGACCCUGCAAGAUGCAAGCUUUCAGAAUCUGGGAUAUUAACCAGAAGACCUUCUAUCUGAGGAAUAACCAACUCAUUGCUGGCUACUUACAAGGACCAAAUACUAAAUUAGAAGAGAAGAUAGACAUGGUGACUACUGACCUUCAAAAUGUGUUCUUGGGGAUCCACGGCGGGAAGCUGUGCCUGUCCUGUAUCAAGUCUGGAGACAAUAUCAAGCUCCAGCUGGAGGAAGUUAACAUCACCGACCUGAGCAUGAACAAGGAACAAGACAAGCGCUUCACCUUCAUCCGCUCCGAGAAAGGCCCCACCACCAGCUUUGAGUCAGCCUCCUGUCGAGGCUGGUUCCUCUGCACAGCACUAGAGGCUGACCGGCCUGUCAGCCUCACCAACACACCCGAAGAACCCCUUACAGUCACCAAGUUCUACUUCCAGGAGGACCAGUAGUGCUGCCCAGACCUAGCCUCCUCCACUCCCAGGCCAUCGAUGACUCCACCAACUGUCUUCUCACUCUGGGCAUCGCUAGGGUCUGAAGAGCAACUUUUGCAGGCUGCAUGAUAGUAGGAUAUAGAAGACUCCUGAUGCCAGAUUUCUGACUCCACCCUGCUAGCUGACCCAACCCCCAUGAUGCUUUCAGGAUUAUCCUUCAGAUUGGACCAUGGCAGGCCCUCGUUCGAAACCCUCUCUUAUUGCCUCUGCCCUCUGAGUGGAUCUUAGGCUGCUUGCUUGACCUAGGUGCCUUCUGCUCCCCACACUUUUCCCUUCUUCCAUUGUCCUACAUGUCCACAGCCCAGACCAAUCAAGGCCCUUAACAACACCCACCGCAUGACUCCCUUACCCUGUUGGAUAAGCCUGUGCUGAUCUAUGGAGAAGGUUUUAAUUCUCCUUGGUGUUCAUUUUGGCUUGGGUGCUUGGAAUGAAACCCACCAGGGCCUCAUGUAUGACAACCAGGAUCUUCUGGGUCCCCAGAAAUCACAUGACCAUUUCUUGACUUCCAGGAAGUAUGUGCCCUACCACCAGGCUAUGCUCCCAGCUCACAGAGAAGUUUGAAAGGAUCCAGAAAACAGAAAUUAAGGAUCUCCUGGUUAUUUUAUUAGGCCAGCCUUAUUCCAUCUGGGGAGAGUCCUACUUUAAGAGGUGUCCUUUCUGAGAGGAGCUGGGGCUCAGCUGUUCCUACUUGUGUGAACUGAUGCAUGGGGGAAACUGAUAACAGGCUUUUCUCUUUCCCUUCUUUGCGUGAUGCCCUAAAGUGAAAAAUUAAAAUUUUGUAGACUAUAUUAUCCCCGCCAUCCUUUUUUUUUUUUUUGGAAGUUUCCAAUUGUCUGAACCCGUAAGCUCUCUGUCCAACCCAAACGCCAUCUCCACUCCAGACCUCCCACAGAAGGUUCUGCCUGCAGAAGUUCCCACUGUCACUGUGCAAAUAUGCCUCUCAGGCCCUUUCUGCUGUAGUGAACGAAUCCACUAUUUCUUGACCCUGUUAGCACUUCUAACCUUGAAACUUGUGUGGAAAUAGCUAUAGCCCCUGUCUGUUUCCUCUGCCAGACUGUGAGCUCCAGAGAGCAAGGAGCAUCGUGUGUGUGUGUGUGUGUGUGUGUGUGUGUGUGUGUGUGUGUGUGUUGGGUCCCUACAGGGCUGAGCCCCCACGCUGGCUCUUGGUGGGCACGCAGUGAGUAUUAUAUGUGCUGGGUAGAAAGUUCCUUACUUAUUUCUGGUUUAGCUGUAUUUUACAAUAAAACACUGAAAAAAGUCUA